UUGAAAACAGAGUGAGUGGACUACGGGAAGCUUCGCCGAAAAGAUUCAGGGGGCUGCGAGAGACGCGGGAAUAUGGCGGAUUGCUUUCUGGGUCCCUCUUUCCUGUUGUGCAAAACGGUCCUCCAUUUUACCCAUUUUCCUUAUAGAUCUCCUAGUCCUCCCCUCCUCCUCCUCCUCCUCCUCUCAUGGCUGCGUCUCGCUCCUCACUCGAUCACCAGCAUUAUUGCCGUUCCUCGUCGAACUCAAGCCCUAACCAGCCUUCGUUGCUCGUCUUUUCAGGUGGAACAGCGUUUAAUGGUGUGGUUGAAGAGCUUAAGAAUUUGACUACUCGGGUUGCGCAUGUUCUUCCUGUUUCCGAUGACGGAGGAAGUACGGCUGAGAUUGUUCGUGUCCUCGGUGGUCCGGCUGUUGGAGACAUUCGGUCGAGGUGUUUGAGAUUGUCUGAUCAAAGUACUGCCGAGGCACUUGCUGUCCGAAGAUUACUUGGUCAUCGUUUGCCAGUUGAUGCGCAACAAGCCAAAUCAGAAUGGUAUAAUAUUGUGGAAGGAGAACAUUUUCUAUGGAAUUGUGUAUCGAAACCCUACAGGGAGACGAUUCGAGCUUUCUUGGUUUACUUUCAGAAUCAGAUUCUCCAGCGGUCAGAUGAAUCAUUUUGUUUUAGUAAUGGCAGCAUUGGGAAUUUCUUCUUUGCAGGAGCCCGUCUAUUUUUUCAGUCUUUAGAUGCUGCAAUAUUUUUGUUUUCACGUGUUUCAGAUAUUCCCUCAGAAAGUAUGGUCCUCCCCGUGAUUUCAACCAACGACAGGCUUACAUUAGGAUGUGAAUUGUGGGAUGGCACUAUAAUACGAGGUCAGAAUGAAAUUUCUCAUCCAACUCAUGGAUCCAUGGAACCUAUAAAUAAGGGAGGAUCUUCAGUUCCAGCACUUCCUUCAAGAAUAAAGCGAGUGUUCUACAUGUCAAGUGAGGGCAGUAAUUUACUGCAUGAGGUCUUCCCCACAGCAAACCCAUCUGUCCUGGAUCAGUUGAGUAAUGUGGACUGCAUCAUUUAUGCUAUGGGAUCCCUUUUUACUUCCAUCUGUCCGUCAUUGGUAUUACUAGGUAUUGGGGAGAGUAUUUCUUCAAGGUUCUGCCGCAAGGUACUUUUGUUGAAUGGUACGUGUGAUCGGGAAACGAGUGACUUCUCGGCCUCUUGCUUUGUAACUGCCAUUACAGAUGCCCUAAACCGAACGUAUGGAGAUCCUCAUAAUCAUCUGAAAAAUCUACCAAAUAAGUACAUCAAUACACUUUUGGUGCCCAAAGAUGGUGAAAUUCCUGUAGACGUUCAACGCUUGGCUGCCCAAGGAAUCUUUGAUGUGAACUUUGUCGAUUCUAUACAUGAUCCAAAAGUGGGUGUAAUAUUUGACCCGAGGUCCCUAAUACAAGCUCUUGCUGAUGUGGUAGGCUCACACAUGAGCACAAAUGUUAGAAUCGGUUGACUAUGUAAAUGGUAUUCAGCAGCAAGUGUAAUAGGUUUUGAUGUGGAUAUUGGAGCCUUUGCUUGUGGGUCCAUUGAUCCUGAGGUGAGUUUGCCUCACUUCUUGGGUUGGCUGGCACAUGAUAUUCGAUCCAAGGCAUGGGAUAUUUCCUUGAU